AUGUCGGUGAGUGCAUACUCACCUUGCAGCAACUUCAAAUUGAUUAACAUCUGCCGCGCCGUCAGGAACUUGUUGGUCGACACAGCUGUUUCCCCGAAAAAACAGUUUGUGAUCUACAGGAAAAGAAUUAUCUCAAAUACAACUCGUAGUACAACUAUUCACGUUAGAUGGGAUAUAUUACUUUUUCUAACGCCCAUAUCUUGGUCUGUAUACGUCGGAUUCCUGUUGGCAAUAGUCCUGAAGUGGACCAGAGGCGGUUGUGAUUAUAAGGUUAUUACCAUAUAUCCACCGCAUAAAGCUUUUGGGAGUAUAUGA